AUGACUGAAGAAAAAAAUGAAAUUCCCCUAGAAGAUAAACCUGAUCAACCUGAAUACUCAGAUGCUUUCAUAAUAUUAUCUGAUGAUAAGUAUCCCUCACUAUCUAAUUUCUACACAAAAUACUCAUCAAUGCAUGUUAUUGACUUUUCUAUAUACCAUCCUGAUUGUUGGGUAAAUAUUGAAGAAGCAUCUAUCGAUGACUUACCACUCAUUCAAAAUAAAUCAGCAGCUUCGUAUAUUGAUGAUUUCGUUACUGAAUUUGACAAAAUUUCAAGGGAAGACAUGUUUACAAAUGUGCCACAAAUAUUGCAAGCUGUUGGAGGAUUCAUCAUUAAUCAAACUCCUCCUAAAAUUGGUGCUCCAAUGGUAACUCGUUGGGAACCUCCUAUUUGUCAAAUUUCUCCGACUUUACCAUCGCUUCUAGUAUUUCUUUGUCGAAUAUUACAUCGUGUUCAAGACCCACAAAAGUUCUUUUACUUCCUAAGAACAGGAAUUUUCUCGCAAAUGUGGACACAAAAGAGCUGUCUUCAAAAUCCGAAACUUAUGGCAGUUACUGCGUGUUCUAUUAAAGGAAAACCUGAAUAUUGGGCUGUUUUAGAUCGCGAUAGAAAAUUUUACUUAUAUCGAGUUAAUAAAAAAGGAUGUGAACUUAAGUUAGAGAAAGAAAUAUCCAAAACAGUUUCAAAUUCAGAAAAAACUUCAGUAACUGUCCUUGAUAAUCUUCAUCAAAACUUAAUUGACUUUUCUCCAUUAACUCAAGCCACCACGGAGUUCUGGGACAUCAUAUUUACGCAUGUUAAAUUGCCAUUUCCAUUUUUUUACAAAGAUUCCUUAGAAUUUUAUCCAGGAAUUUUAUAUGAUGCUUUUUAUCAAUCUUUAACAUCAACGGAUUGCAUUUUAGUGCAAAGUUUUAUGCGAACAGAUAUAUACGAUUUAGUAAUAUGGGAAGGAAUCGUUAAAUGCUUCCAACAUGCGCAAAAACUCGAAGUUCUUCUUCAUUGUGUUUUUUCUUUGACAUUUCAAGAAGGAUCUUUCCCAACUCCUAUGACUUUCUUCCAGCCAAACCACUUCCUUCUCUUUGCACGUGCAUUUGGACGAAAUUUCUGGUCAUAUUACCAUGAACAUUUCUUCCAUAAGAUUGUAGAUCUGAUAGAUUCAAAGGAAAAUUUAACAGAUCAAUACGAUCAGCCAAAUAUCAGAGAAUGUGAAAAAUUAGUUUUUAGUGUAUUGAAAUACAUAAUGGCAGGGUACUCCUAUAUACCACCUGAAUGGAGAUUAGCAUUAAAUAUCCUCCGUUCUUACAUUAAUGUUCGAUAUAAUAAUGUUGGAACUUUAACUUUGAUGUUAAGCAUUUUCUUUGGGUUCGGAAUGAUUUAUGGAUUUUUCCUAAGGCCAUAUCAUUUCGUAAAAACCCUCAAAAUGCAACAUCCAAAAAAUUUAGAUACACUUCUCAAUAUUUUAUACGUUCCUUUCACUUUAAACCUAUUUGGUGGGGAAACUAAGAUGUAUUAUCAAUGGAAUCCGAGAUUAGAAUUCAACUUUUAUCCUCAAUAUUACGCAUUUUUGCUGAAAAUCUCAGAUCUCAACUUUGAAGUCAGAUAUGGCAUGCCUGAUAACAAGUCAUUAGGAUAUUCUAUCCAUAACUGCAUGAAAGCGAUGUUUUGCCAGAAAUUUUAUGACGUCUUAAAAGAUUCAAUUUCCAAAGUGAUUACAGCCAACACUGUCGCUGAAACAAUGCUAGGCUGGUCAUUUACCAUUGUUUUGUCGAGAUUUUUCCUUCGAAUUUACGAUCCACAGCCAAAAAUUAAGCCAAAGAAGAUUGUCCAGCUUCUUAAACCAGUUGUUCUUCCGAAGAUGCCGACGUACGCCAAAACGGAAAGCUCAUAUUCGAAGAAAGCGAUCAGAAUUCACAGUGGCCGUGGAAUUACGGGCCAAGUCACUCGAUUUGACGACAUAAAGGAAGAAAAUGAUUUCGGAGAUGAUAUUGAUCCAUUUACGAUCCGUGAUGAUGAAGAAGUUGACUAUUUUGUUCCAUCUGCCAUGCAAUUACCUGAAUUUCAGAUGGAAACACCUUUCUGGGAUAUGCCAAGUGAUUCCGAUGUUCCUCAGCUCCCGCCUGGCGCUGACAAAGACUCUACAAGAAAUUUCAGAUAUCCACAGUCAAAAUUUGACAUCCAGGCACGUGGUCCAGCAAAAGUUAUGCGAUUUAAUGCGAAUAUUACUGAUUUUAGACAAGAUAAUGAAGACGAAGAGUUUGGAUUUGCUGCAAAUAACAAAAACGAAAAAACAAAUGAUCAGAAACAAAACUACCAUUCUAAAAGUCCAAAGAAAGUAAAGGCAAUCCCUAUCUCUCACGAUACUUUAACAAAUGAAGAUAAACCAAAGAAAAUGUACAAAAAAGUUUCAAAGAAAUAA